AUGCCUCCCUCGGCGCAAACGACCAGAUUAAUUUCCAACCUGCGCCUCCUUAUUCCGCGCCUUCGUCUUCUCCAGAAAAAAGACACCGCAUCCUCCGUUGUCCAACGCCGCGAGCUUUCCCAGCUUCUGAGCGAACACCGCGAGGCAUCCGCACGGAUCCGGGUGGAGAAUGUGAUUACGACAGAUAUUGCCGUGGAGGUGAUGGAGAUGAUCGAGCUGUACUGUGAGCUACUGCUGGCCCGAGCCAACGUGUUGGAUCAACUUGCAUUCGGGGAGAAGGGAACGCGCGCGCGGUUGCGCGCCAAGGAACUGCUCAAGAAGCAAACCCAAGCCCAUGCUGGUGAGAAAGCCUCGGCUACUACAACCGAAAGCUCCGGCUCUCGAUUCGGGUUCUCUUGGCUAGGAGGAUCACAAAAGGCGGAGGUUAAGCCGGCGAUCGCUGCCCGUCCUUUGGAGGGCCCGGGAGACAUUUCAGAGGAAGACAACGCAUAUAUGGAUACCGCGCUCGAUGAGGCUGCUGUUGCUAUUUUUUAUGCCUGGCAUCGCUUCCCGCACGAGUUGCGUGAGCUUACCAUGCUUCGCACGAUGCUCGGUGAACGCUAUGGCAAGGAAUUCAUGACCUUGGCGCAGGACAACAAAGUGGACUCUGUCAAAGUCCCCGAUAGGCUUCUGAAGAGCUUGCGCGUACGCCCGCCGGGACAAGAACUGGUUGAAAGUUACCUACGGGAAAUUGCAAAGGCAUAUGGUGUCGAAUGGCCAGUCGGAGAGGACUUGAACACACAAGAGGAGCUUGGCGAUGCGCCACCAGAGUUCGUUGACGAUGUUCCGCAUGAUGCACAUGAGGGCCAAGGAGGUGAUCUACCCCAGACUCCGAAGAAGCAAUAUACAAGCCCCACAUCCCGACCAAACCUCUCCGAGGCGAGGCGCGCCUCAGAAACGAGCGAGUUGAACAAAGCAACCCCGCCACGCGGCCCGGCAGCAGGCCGCAGCCCUGUCAGUGUUGCUCCACCGGCACCCAGGACUGAUAAUCCGAACCCUCGGGUCAAAGUGCCCGGAUCUGAGGACAAUGCAGCCAAGGCUAGCCCUGGUGUCGGAUCACAGAGCAAGAGCAAUACUAAUGGGAUUCCGGAGCUGGAUGAGCUGACACGCAGGUUUGCGGACCUUCAAAGAAAGCCUUGA